CUGGUAUGACUUCAGCCAAGGGAUGUUUGAGGAUGUCAAUUUGCACAAGGUCCGCCUCCACUGGCUCCAUCAAGAUGUGGUGCUCGCUGUGCAAGAGCAAAAGAGGCGCGGCAAUCAAGGUCAAGAAGCAGGUUGUGCCAGCAGCCAAGACCACAGAUGAGAGUGGAAAGCAGCGGAUCUCAUCAGGGCUCAUCUCUGCAAUCGCCGUUGCGGGCGUGACAUAUCACGUGCAUGAUGUCGCAUAUAUGCGCUCGCACACGCCCAACCAUCCGUUUCGAGAUUGGAUACAUCAAGUCCAUUAAGAGCCAUGGUGGGCUGGAGCCGCAGCUCAAGGUGGUAGUUCUCCGGCGGAUGCGCGAUGUGUCUUCAGCCCUGCAGCCCGUGGGCUCUGACCCGGACUAUGUCGACGACCGGCACCUGUUCUGGACGCCCAAGGAGAUGCUUAUCAACAGCGAAUUCUUGCGCGGCAAGUGCUGGGUGGCCCAUCCCUCCGAGAUCACUGACCCGAACGCAUUCUAUGCCAAAUACCAGUCGAUGCGAUACACCCCCAAGAGCACCGAUGACUGGCAGGAGCUGCAGCCACAUGACGCCUUGGACGAGGAUCUGAUGCCAGCGCCCAGGUCUUGUAUGAUCUGUAAGCACGGCCGCAUGAGGCGUGAGCAGCUUAUGUCCAAGUUCAUUCGCAAUCCCACAGAGAGCAACGCGACUGGCGAGCCGGGCACCAAGCACUACAGCAGUUUUGCCUGCGGCAAGCAUCCGCUACGGGCUUUGGAUCUGUUUUCCGGAUGCGGUGGAAUCACGCAGGGCAUGGACCAGUCCGGUGUGGUCAAGGACCAAGUGGGCAGUCGAAUACUAUGCCGUCGGCAGGUAUAUAGCCAGUGCUCGAACCUGCUUCUGGACUCUGCGAUCAAGGCGCACCAUGGAAUCCAGACAGAGCCGCUGAUCAACAAGUUCAACGACAAACCACUGCCGCCGAUGCCACAGCCUGGCGACGUGGACUUUAUCUACUGUGGGCCGCCGUGCCAGGGCUUCUCGCGCUGCAACCGAUUCAUCAAGGCAGAUGACAUAAAAACCUCGCUGAUUGCCAAUGCCCUGUCGCUGGCAACUACGGGCUGGCAGCAGUCGCGGCGCAGGCUGUUUGUGUGGGCUGCUAAGCGUGGGUGCAAGCUGCCUGGAAUCCCGACCCCCAUCACAACCUUCGCCAAGUCGGGCCAGACGAAUAUUACCCUGCCGGAUGGCAUCCGGUUCAUGCCCUUUGACCACCUCAACGGCAACGCGCCGCAUCAUGCAAUCACCGUCAAGGACGCAAUCGGCGACCUGCCAGAAUUCGAGUACAUCAAUCCGGCGACGCUCUACCCAGACACAGACACCCGCGAAGACACCAGUCAUAUUCCCAAGUACACGGCCGUCAGCAGUAUGCCAUCGGAUACGCCUGGCGACAGAGACGGUAGACGCACCUAUGUUGGAGAAAUGCAUAUGCGGUACAGCAGGCCGCCGUGCAGCGAGUUCCAGCGGCUGCGGCGUAGGGAGCACCAGAUCAUGGCGCCUGGAGUCGACAGCGACUGCGAUGCACUUGUCAGCACGCUGCAUAACCACGUGUCGCGCAAGUUCAACGACAUCAAUAUCGAGCGUAUCUGCAACAUCGCGUUUGCCUUUGGUUCCGACCACCACUCACUACCCGAGAAGCUCAAGCCCUGGUGUCUCUCGAACAAGGACAGCGCAGCAGCACGCCACGGCGGCUGGAAGGGGCUGUACGGACGCCUGGACCCGGACGGUCUGUUUGGCACCCAGCUGACGGAGCUUGUCGCCGAUGGGAAAGAGCGGCACGGUCAUCUUGCCGAACCAGCGCAGAGUGCUGAGCGUCAGAGAGUGCGCUAG